AUGGCUCCUGCAAGCAAAGCCAAUUACAAAACCUACGAGGCCCAAGCCCGUAUGGUGCGAGCCAUUGUUGCUGCUCAUCCAGAUGUCAAGUGGAACUACAAAGAAAUCGUCGCUUGCUAUGGAUCCGACAUGACUGAACACGCUCUGAACCAUCGAUUCCGCCGUCUCAGAGCGCAGGUGGUUAUCGUCCGCGAAGGCCGCGGCAAGGGACUGGAUCCAAAGAAUAUUUGUGCAGACGGUGAUCUCCCGGGCACUAUUGACGCCGUGGACACGAAGAAUAUUGCCAAGUACUUUGGCCAGUCCACCGCAGACGGCAUUCAGUUUCAGUUUCGGGGCAUCAAGAAGGACGCCGAUCACCUCCGCAAGGUCGAGGGUGAGGGAGGCGAUGUCGCCAACUGCCUCAACUUGGGCUCAGGCGGCCCCAGCGUCGCUUCUACUCCAUCUAAACCAACUCCUGCCCGCAGCAUGGGAAGCCGUACCGGCACUGGCACGGGUCGCAAGCGAGCCCGCAAGAUGGACGUGCUCGAUAUCAUCAAACGAUCUUCAUCCGAUGAAGAAGAUGAUGAGAUUGAGGACUGGAGCGGACAUGACAUGACGCCUACCAAGAAGCCCAAGAAGACUGGAGCCUUCCCGGGCCAGAGGAACGGGACUCCAUCUCGCAGAGCUGCCGCCUUGGCCAACGUUACUAUCGCUGAAGCCGCAACGCAGCUUGACGCGAGCGACUCCCAGCCCGAAGCUGAGGCUCCAAUGACCCAUGCAUUCUCUUCAUAUACCGCUGGACCCAUUACUACCAUCAGCCAGCCCGCCUACACUAGAGAGGCCAUUGGUCUUGACCCCGGACCAGCUUUGGGAGACGCGCCAGGUUCAGGCUAUGGGGGCUCCCAAGGCUAUGGAGGUUCCUAUUACUCUCAACAGAACUACGGCGAGAUCUAA